UCUUAUCACGCAGUGGAGGCAAAAUCAACGGAAAAACCAGAAAAUCCCAUGAAAGCCUUAUCCAAUCUUUCCUCUUUAUUUCCUAAUUUUCAUGCCCACGCGAAAUAAAAAGGAAAUAAAUUGAAUUCCUGGAUUUUUUCAAUUGGGAGGAUCCAUGGCGAUCGUAGCGUCGCUACCGGGCUUCAACCUCUUCUCCUCCCUCCCUUCAACCCCGCCCCCAAACGACCAAAACUCCGGCGCCGCCGCCACGUCCAUUUCCCCGCCAAUUCCAAUCCCCAAAUACCCACCUCCCCUCAAAAAGUCCCAAAAUGCCCCUCCCGCCAACCCUGCCCUCAAAACGCUCCACCGCCGCACCAAAUAUUACAAGCCCGUCCAAGAGGGCGUCAUCCCCGCGGACGGCGACCGCGCGGUUGUCAUAGGAGAAAACGGCGUGUCGUACCAACUCCCCGGCGCGCCGUUUGAGUUCCAGUACAGCUACUCCGAAACCCCAAAGGUCAAGCCUUUGGCAAUUCGCGAACCGGCCUUCCUGCCCUUCGCCCCGCCCACAAUGCCGAGGCCCUGGACCGGCAAAGCUCCGUUGAAGAGCGCCAAGGAGAAGAAGAUGAAGAGGAAGGUUCCGCUCUGGGACUCGGUGGGUCCAGUGGUGGCUGGAACCGGUGGAGUGAAGGAAAUGGCGAGGCCAAUUGAGCUGGGAAAGUACCCCAAGCAGCAAAAAUCGAGGGAGGAGAUUUUGGGUGAUCCAUUGAAGAAGUGGGAGAUCAAAAUGCUUAUCAGGCCCCAAUUAUCCGAUAAUCGCCAAGUUAAUCUCGGAAGAGAUGGGUUGACUCAUAACAUGUUGGACUUGAUACAUUCGCAUUGGAAGCGGCGGCCGGUCUGUAAAGUGAAAUGCAAGGGGGUUCCAACUGUGGAUAUGGAUAAUGUCUGCCAUCAUAUUGAGGAAAGAACUGGCGGGAAGAUCAUACAUCGAGUUGGCGGUGUGGUUUAUCUUUUCCGUGGGAGAAACUAUAGCUAUACAAAUCGCCCGCAAUACCCACUGAUGCUAUGGAAACCAGCUGCUCCAGUCUACCCAAAACUUAUCCAAGAAGCUCCAGAAGGGUUGACAAAAGAUGAAGCAGACGUGUUUCGGAAGAAAGGGAAAAGGCUUUUGCCAAUAUGUAAAUUAGCCAAAAAUGGAGUAUACAUUACGUUGGUGAGAGAUGUUAGGCAUGCUUUUGAAGGAAGUCCCUUAGUAAAGAUUGACUGUACAGGGAUGCAUGCAAGUGACUACAAAAAGCUAGGUGCUAAGCUUAAGGAAUUGGUUCCGUGCGUGCUACUUUCUUUUGAUGAUGAACAGAUAUUGAUGUGGAGGGGUUCAAAUUGGAUAUCAAUGCAUCAAUCAGCACCUUCGCCUUCAGAACCAGAUGAUUUUGAUAUUCUAUUAUCAACAGAAAGAGGCAAGGAAGAUGAUAAACCUUGCAAGCCUGAUGCCAAAACAGUGAUAACAAGCCCAAAAAUGAUGUCUCUUUGGAAACGCUCAAUCGACUCAAACAAAGCACUGCUUCUGGAUGAGCUUGACCUUGAUCCUGACGCACUCUUGAAGAAGGUCGAGGAAUUCGACAGUGUUUCGCAGGCGACAGAGCACUCCUAUCCGGCGCUGAUUGUGUCGAGCGAAGACGGUUCCGGCAGCUCGGUUCAAGUGUUUGAAGAAGACCAAAGGGACCCUUAUAGCGAAUACGACGACUAUAUUGACAAUGAUUACGAUAAUGAGAGUGAUGAUGAUGAAUUUUAUGAGAGUGAUUCAAUCCCCAUGGGAUCAUUACCUGUCGAUGUAAUAGCAGAGAAACUGGACCAUGAUUAAUUUCGAUAAAAUCUGGCAAAGGAAGCCUGUGGUUUAUAGUUUCCA